AUGAAGAUCACUAGAUUUUCUGCUACAGAAGGGAAACAUGGCGGCGAUACGCUGCAAGUGUCUCGUCCAGAGACCAGAGACUCUCCACUUGCUGUGGGUCCGGCGCCACUCGAGGGGGCUGUCGUAGAGCGCUUGACGGGGGACCCGGUCCAGGACCAGGGUCGACAGGCGAACGGCAAGACUGAGGAGAGACAGACUGAGCGGAGCUCGCCGCCGCCCCCGACAGAACUGCCCUGCCCCAGCGGCUCCGCCCUCGGCUGCGAGGGGGGAGCCGUAGCACAAGAUGUGGCGCCUGCGACACCCGCAGCCCCAGAGCCAGAGGCCGUGCUGCGCACCCCCGAGGCUUUGCCCGCCCAGUCAGAUGUUCCCCUGCUACCAGGCGGUGGGGACACCCAGUUACCUUCCUGUGAGGGCGGCGAGACACCCCGCCCCGCCACCCCCACGGACCCUGCUGUACCCGCCGCAGGGGACUGCGGGGUACCCGACACACGGCCCGAUGGUGCAGCAGGGGCUGCUGUACCGUCAGGUCCAGGACUCGAGAGUGACGAACCUCCAGCGGACGUACUACCUGCAACAGGUAGUGAGUCCGCCGAACCAACAGCUUCUGAGGACAGCAGGCCAGCCCAACCCGCCUCUGACGGCGAACCAGCGGGUGGCUCUGCAGCACGCGUUAGUCCAGCGCCAGAGGACUGCCCUCCACAACAACCAACCCCUGAUGGCCUACCAACCCAUGCUCAACCAGCGGCUGACUCCGAGCCCGAUAUUCAGUCGGCGCCUGAGCCCCAGCCCGAUGCUCAACCAGCGGGUAAGCCCGAGCCCGAUGCUCAACCAGCGCCUGAGCCCGAGCCCGCUGCUGAGCCAGCGGGUCAGCACACACCCGAUGCUCAACCAGUCGCCGAGUCCCGUGAUCAACCAGCGGUUCUCUCCCAGUCCGGUGCUCAGCCAGAGGAUGACGCCGAGCCCCUUGCUCAACCAGCGUCUGACUCCAAGCCCGAUGCAGUACCCACAGUACCCGAGGCGCCAGCCGCACCCCCUGCAUCACCUCCCCCGCCAGCCGGUGAGCCAGGGAGAAGCUCACCGCCCGCCGAGCCGGCUGCCGCCAGCGUCGGCGCCAGCGCCGCAACCGAGUCGACCGGAGCCACCGUCGAGCCGGCCCAGCCUGCGGCAGAUAUCGACGGACGACUGGCCGGAGCUGCUCCGACCGGUGGCGACCUGUCCGUCGGGCCAGUUGUUACUGAACAUCAUCCUGGCACGCCCGAUCCCGUACCCAAGCGGGCCGAGCAGAUCGAGUCGGCCGUCAACGAGCAGUCAACAGUCGAGACCCCCGGACCCACAGACGAGCAGCCGGGCGAACAGCCCGUCGAGGUCCGCGGGCCCGCGCCCCGUCAGUCCGACGAUCUGCCCGAGGCUGGCGGAGCGCCUGACGACCAGCCUGGCCAGGCUGGCCGACCAGCAGCCCAACAGCCCGAGACUAGCGGAGCAGGUGCGGAUGUGCCAGACUGUGGUGGACCAGGAAACGAACUCGGACUCGGAGGAGGACGAGGAGGAGAUGCCGGCCAGGACGUGGGACGAGAUGGACCUGUCGGCGAUGAACCCGCUGGACCUAGCGUACAUCCCAGCAAGGACGUACUACCGGUACCCGAUCACGGACCUGAUCCGGGUGCCGGCGCUGCCGCCCAGCCUGGCCCUGGAGGUGCACUUUCGCAGGACGCUGUUCCGACAGUUGCGGAUGCUGAUGCCGAUAGACCUGCGUCGCGGACUGGACCUGCUCGAGACGUACAACCUGCCCAUGACGCGGAGGGCGGCCCUCCGCCUUGCACGCUUCCUGAGGCAGACACCGUUCAGGCCGCCGCCGAACAGCCAGGCGUAGUGGAGGAAACGAACCUGGAGGAUCGCAAGGAGCUUUUGGCGGCAGUCGUAGCGCGUAUGGACGCCCAGGCGUCUUCAUCACCAAUCAGCGCGCCUGAGGUUUCGUCAGCCGUCGCAGCACCGGAGAUUUCGCCAGCCGUCGCAGCUCCUGAGGUUUCGUCGGCCAUCGCAGCCCCCGUGGUUUCCCCGGCCGUCGUACCAUCCGAAGCUGUAACGCUCAAGCAAGAAAUAGUCCAGGGGGAAAAUACUGGUUCCUCUGAACAAAUUGAGGCAAAAGUCUCGCGUGUGCUGCAUGAUUCAGUGAUACCACCCGAAACUGAAUCAACCAGCGACUCUUCCGUCGCUACGACUGAGACGGCGGCAAGCCGUGAGGAUUCCAUGCAGGACCCGACGGCCUGCUUCCAAACGACUGAAGGCGAGGGGGCUUCGCGCCCCGCUCCUCCCCAAGCGGCUAAGGCCGUGGAAACUGUGAUAAAGGUCCCCGUUCCUGACAAGCCCGACAACAGAGUAACCCCCCUUCGGGCGCCGCCGCGCUCGGCCCCCGUGGCUCAGGUGGCGCCCACGCCGCAGGUGGCGCCCCGGCCGCGGAACAGCGUGCCGGCGCGGAGGAGCAGCGUGCACCAGCUGGACACGUUCGCCUACGACUCGCCAGCCGCCCUCAACCUGAGCACCACCUCGGUCUCUGCCAGCGCACCCAAGACCGACGCGCCGCUGCAACUGACCAUACAGCGAGAGAAGGAGCAGCCCAAGAUCAGGCUGGCGUCCAAGGAGAAGCUGUUCAAGCCCUCCGUCGUGGCGUUGGAGGAGACGUGUAAACGGAUGCUGCCGACUGGACCCACGGGACCCGCGCAGGCUGCCGCUCAAGUAGCGCAGGUGAAGGCCAACGUCGCGAAGGCCCAGCCCGCGCCGCACCAGGCACCGCACCAGACGUCGCACCAGGCGUCGCACCAGGCGCCGCACCAGGCGAGCCAGCCAUGGCUGGCCAACAUCCCCCCAGCCGUCCUCGCCAACAUCCCACCCGCCGCGCUGGCCAACAUCCCGCCAAACGUCCUCCAGAACAUUCCACCCGAGGUGCUCGGCAUGAUCGCGCCCUCGUUUUGGGCCAGCUUGUGCACUCCGACGAGCAGCCGGUCCGAAGUGAACGCCGCUCAUCAGACGCUGCAGCAAUUACAACAGCUCCAUCAGCAGCCCAUCAACAAGAUUCAGCAAAAACCACAACAGAGGGCGGCGCAAGCCUCCUCGGCGAUGACUCGGCCAGGCGCCAACAAAUGUGAUACUAGUGUAAGGGCAAACAAGCCACUCCCUCCUCCUCCUCCUCCGCCGCCGCCGCCGCCUCAGAUGCAGCAGCAGCAGCAGAAGAGCAUCCUAAAGACAAACGCCGGCGGCCAACAGGUGACCUCAAGUGAGGAAAACCGGCUGUUGUUCUCACUUCCCAAGGACACCGUCGUCAUUCCCACGUACUACGUGGAGCCCGGCAAGAAGGGACCAGCAGAGCCGCACUCUUCUGCACCGGUCGCCGCCCCAACGGCGGCUCCGACGUCCUCGCAGCCCAUGAACUUGAGCGGCGCGGCCUCUCUGCCGAGCCAACCGCCCAAGGCGCCCGCGCCACCCCAAGGUCUGAGAGCGCCCGUCUCCGCCGCCAGUAAGGUCACCGUGCCGCCGAGGACGUCUGUGCAGCCCAAACCUCAGCCACCGUCGAAGGGUCCAAUUCCCCAGAAGGGAGCGCCCCUACCUAAGGGUGCCUUCCCGUUCAAGGGCCAAUCAACGUCAUCCAAGGCGCAGACCCCUCCGACGAGCACCGCGACGUCCGCCGGGGCUGGCCUGUUACCCCCGGGCUCGCUGCCCGUGGGGAUGGACCCCUCAAUGCUGUGGGGACCCAUGGGCCCUCAGUUCCUUCCUCCGCACAUUCUUGCUCAGUGUUUGUCCCAGGGCUUCUCGCCCUCCCCAAUGGACCCGCAGCAGAUGGCCAUGAUGGCCAUGGCAUCGGGGUUGGGUCCAAUGGGUCCAAUGGGCGGUGGCACUCCGCUGGACCCCCAGAAGAUGGCACAGUUCAACCAGAUGGCGGCUAUGGUGGCCGCGUCCAUGGGACCCAUGAUGCCCAUGGGCCCAGAUAUGCUGAAUCAGCUGGCUAUGCUGAGUGCCAUGAGGCAAAAUGCAAUGGUCCCGGCGCCCGCAUCCAAACAGCAAAGCCAGUCGAGGCAGUACAAGGCGCCGCCUGCGCGCUCCCAGCCGACGUCCAGGACCGUUAGCCCAGCGAGCCAGAGCAGCGCGCAGCGGGAAGUGAACAGCCAGCGGACCGGCUCGAGGGGGUCGAGUCCAGCCCAGAGGGGCCCGAGCCCAGCCCACAGGGGGCCCAGCCCCGCUCACAUGGGACCCAGCCCCGCUCAGAGAGGGCCAAGCCCCGCUCAGAGGGGGCCCAGCCCCGCUCAGAGGGGACCCAGCCCGGCACAGCACAGCCUCCAGAGGGGGACCAGCCCCAGCAGUCAACCAGAACCAAGCAGCGUCCCGCCCAGCGCCCUCAGCCCCCUGCAGCGCCUUGCCAAGCAGACUUCCAUAUCUAUAACUCCUGCGCCGGUCAGCCUCAAGAUACCGGUGCCCCCCAACAGAGGUGCCCCCGCCGCUGCUCCUGUAGCCUUCCAGCAAGCUCAAGCUCAAGCUCAGGCGCAAGCACAAGCGCAGGCACAAGCACAAGUGCAGGCACAAGCUCAGGUGCAGGCACAAGCUCAGGCGCAGGCACAAGCACAAGCGCAGAUGCAAGCGCAGGCGCAGGCUACCGCUGGUGUUGCGGCUUCUACGGACGCGUCGAAGAAGUCCAAGCUUGGCUCCAAGAUCCGCAACGUGGUGGAUGGAUUGCGCGCCAAGGCUGAGCAAGUCGGUGCGCCCCUCAACCUAGCCGACGAUCAGCCGACGACCCCGGUGAAGAAGGUGAUCCAGGUGACGGACACGCUGACCAUCGAGCUAGAGCAGAGCGGCGACGAGGAGCGCCGGGAGCGGCCCGCCAGGCCCCCCAUGCCGGGGCUCCUCCCCUGCAAGCCCGCCGAGACGAGCUCCGUCACGCCGCCGCCGGCGCCCGCCUCGGCCUGCUCCGUGACGGUCCUGCCCGAGACUUCCCCCGCUCCGGCCUCGCCCCCCAAGGAGGACACGGCCGCGGUGUGCGCGCAGCUCCUUGAGACCCUCAUCGUGCGUGUCGAGGAGCUACGCAACGUGCAGAGCUCCAUCAAGGAACAGCAGGUGCCCGCCCCCGCCGCCCCCGCACCCCGGCGCGCCAAGGUCAAGGUGACCCCGACCCGGGCGCAGAUGACGGGCGCGGGCAAGCCUCCGUUCGGCAGGCCACUAGUUCCGCCCAAACCUGUGAUCUCGACUGUGGCGACGCCGUCGCCCCCGCCCCCGCCAGCUCCAACCUCCGCCUCGCCGUCAAUCAUCGCACCCGUGGUGAGCAUCUCCCCGACGGUGACCAUCUCCCCGGCUGUGACGGUGACGCCCAUCGCUGCGGCCGGCCGCCGGUCCAGCACGGACAUGUCUGUGCCGUGCAGCCUGCCCCUCAACAAAGUGUCCCAGAUGCUGGACACUGUUCGCCCCACCCCCGGCGCCCCGCCCGCCAGGCCUACAAUACCUCCCAUGCUGGCGGCGGGUGGGCUGGAGAUCGUGCCCAUGGACAACGUCACUUCCCUGCCUCCGCGAACGUUCGGCAUCGAGAAGCCCGUCAUCACGGCUCCUAGCAUCAGCCUCAGCCCUAAUGUGUCGCUGUCGCUGACCAUGGGGCCCCGGCCCGGAGCACUGGCCGUGCGUCGCGAGCCCGACAGCCCCGUGGUGUCGGUGACUGUGGAGUCGCAGCCCAUGCAGCCCGAGGCGGCCGUGCACCUCAAGACGGAGCUCAUUGCCUUCGCCCAGCAGAGUGCGCAGGAGGAGCCCAGCUACUCCGACAACGAGGAGAGUCAGGACGGUAGACUUGUCAUCGUGGAAGAGGACAUGGGACUCGCUGUGCCCAAAGACGAAGUUGACAUUGAGGAUAUGUUCGAGGCCAAAGAAGAACCCUGUGACUCCCCGCCUGAGGCCAUGGUGGGCGAGAACUCGCUCGACGUUGUGCCGACCAGCGUGGCUGUGCCCAUCAGUGUGGCUGUGCCCAUCAGUGUAGCUGCGCCCAUCACUGUGGCUGCGCCCAUCAGUGUGGCUUCGCCCACGACUGUGGCUGCGCCCAGUAGCGAGGUCUCUACCCAGCAGCCAGUUGUCCAACCCAUUGAUGUUGCGGUGACAACACCGGUUGUCGAAGCUCAAGUGCUACCUCCCGCCCCCACACGUUCUGUGAAGAUUACUAUCAAGAGAGGUGAGGUGGUAAAAUCUACUGAGGAAGUCAUCGAACCAAGGGAAUCUGCUCCAGUCAUAACGCAGUCUCCCGUACCACAGGAGUCAUCAGAGCUUGAUGUUUCCCUUCAGAGUGAACAGGGUGAAGAGGACACAGAUGAACGAGUCUGGGACGAUUAUCGUGUUCCUGUUCGUGCAACACGAAGCGGAAAGCCUCUAGAGCCUAUUCGGUCCCCGUCACCAGCUGGAAGGUCCUCAAAGAGUUCAAUAAAAACUAGGAGAUCAGCUGGCAGAAAGGAGAGCAGGAAUGACUGGGAACAGGAGGACAUGAGUGAUGACAAAAGUUCUCCCAAAAAAGACCAUAAGAAGAAAACAGAAAAAACAGAUAAAUCUAAAAAAUCAAAGAAGCUACCAGAACCAGAAGUUGAAGAAAAUAAUGGCUUGCCAAAGUAUUUCACGUUUAAUGUUGUUGAUAGUGAGCACCAUUAUACAGGGCCUGCGGGACAAAAAUGGUUUACUUGUGACAUUUGUGAGGGAGUCUAUCAACGUGCAUUUAGUCUAAAGAGGCAUUACCUGAGGUCGCACAUAAAUUAUGCGCACCUUACAGACAGAGACAUUUCAAACUGUGGUAUUGUUGUUGGGAAUAAAAUGCCAAUUCAUGUUCAAGUUGGCUCUGAUGAUCCAUCCACUGGAAUUACAGAUCCUGACUUGCCGAAGUAUGAUGGUGGUGUUUAUCAGUGUUACACAUGUAAUGAAACAUUUGAUGAAAAAGUGCUACUGAAGGAACACCUUUCAAACCACAAGCAGCAACUAGUGAAUACUGUAGAUGGUGAAAACGAUACCACUGGAACCGUUUCCACAUCAGAAGAAGCUCCAACAUUGGAACCUGAAGUAGCAUCGGAACCUUCAUCAAUACCUGACGCUGCUCCCAUCCUAGACCCUGCUCCAAUUGCCCUGGCUACUAGCAAAUUUUCUGGCUCUUCCCACAAACUAUCUGAUCAAGAAAAGCUAGCUGUUGAGGAGAAUCCCCUCCUCUUGAUUUCUCUGGAUGAGUCAUCUACCUCUAUUUUAGAAUCUUGUCAUUCUUGUGGUAAAUCAGUAUCUCAGGGUAGUGAUACGAACAGUUGCAAGUGCUCAGAAAACACUGUUAUGUGCUUCUUUUGUGAUAAACUUUUUGAAACUGAUAAACUGAGACGCCAGCAUCAAUCUAGAGUUCAUCAGCGUCCCACCAAGAAAGUUCGGAAAGCAAAAAUCAGAUAUAGUUGUGAAUUCUGCGAAAAUCAUGAACCAGUGUUCAGAAAUCUGGAAAUUCUUUUUCAGCACAUGUGCACUUUACAUACUGAUGUGUUCUUUGGCUGUGCACCUUGUGAAGAAAGGUUUCCAACUAAAAAUGCAUUGGUGGAACAUCAGAAAACAGUUCACAGUGAAGAGGAAACUACUGAAACUGAAUUGGAAACUAAAGGAGCAAACCUUUCAGAAAACUCUUCCUCAGUCCAGCAAACUGAAAUAAAAUUACCAGAAGAAACCAAACCAGCCGAGCCAGCAGCUAAGGCUGUUGAAGAAGAGUUUAAGUGCUCUGUAUGUCAAAAACUUCUAGUCAGUGAACAUAACUUAAAUAGACACUACAGAUUAAAACAUGACAACAGGGGGCGUAAAAAGAAGAAGAAGGGUACAGCAGAGUCAAUAUCUACUUCAGAAGAAGGUCAGAAGGAGCAUGAUCGGAUGGAUCCAGAGACCUUGUUUUAUAGUCGUAUUUCAAGCAAUAUUAGAGAUAAUCUUCUUCAUCAUUUGGAUGGGAAGCUUGAUUCCCAGGAGCUUUUUGAGCGAGAAGUAGAAGAACCACCACUUGUUCCUUCCUCUGAUUCUGCUCGCCUCAGAACCCCCAUCGUUAGUGCUCCCAGCACAAGCUUUUCAUCACAAGACUGCUUCAGUGAGCCUGCACCAGCUACAAAGGUUAAGAAUAUUAACAGAAGAAGAAGUAGUGAUGGAUAUCGUACUUGGGAAAAGUUUGCAUUUCCUAAAAAGUAUGAUGGGAAAGGUGGUAUGACUAACUACUUAAGAGAUAUGUCACAUGUUGACAUUCAUACUCAAGUGACCAUGAGACAAAAUGUUUUGAGGCUGGAAGCAAAAGAAGCUCAACACACAUCUCCUUCAACAUCAAGUGGAACUCGUAGUUACAAUCUGCGUUCUAGUCAAGAAGAAAUUCCUGUUUUAGAUUUCCCCUCAGUUCUGUGUCUUACCCAAAGUUCUGCAGGCUUGCAAACUCGACGAACAGCAAGUGCUGCUGUUCUUGAAAAGAGUAUGCUGUCAGUGAGCUUCAAUACUCCUGAACCUCCAAAACCAGAGCCUGACAGGAGACCUAAACCUCCUAAAGAAGCAGCGGCUGACUAUAUCAAUGCUGUAUGGCGUCAAGGUAGUCCUCCAAUGAUCAAUGGAUGUUCAGAACUUAGUGGGGAAUGGGUUAGACCCAAGAAUUACCUCUGUGCUGCCUGUGAUGCAAAGUUCAAGAAUCUGUAUGAUCUCGAGGAUCACAAGUGGAACAAUCACCCUAAUGUCUGGUGCACUCACUUUGAAUUUGAUGAUGCUGCGCUUAUUCCCUUCACAGCUGUUGGAAUUAAAUCACCCGGAGACCUGCACCGAAGAUCUAUUCACGCAGCAGGCACUAUUAUGUCUGCUCCAGCUGUGCCUGCAACACAGCAUUGUGACAUGACCUGCACAAAGUGUAACCAUGUCAGUCAAACUCCAGCGGACUUACAUCGGCAUAUGCUGGACUGUGGUGGAGACACUACCUGGCAGCUGUUAAUGGUCGGAGCAAGCCCUGGCAGCUCUGGAAAUCGUCGAAAUAGAAAGUGGAGACCUUUCGGUAGCCGUCGCCGGAGACCUCAAGGACGUAGAGGGUUGAAAAGAAACAUUCCAAAUACUCCUCAGCGACCAAGAUCUACUAAUCCCAAGACUCGUGGUGGUGAUGCGGAUACAAUUCAAAAGAUGAUUGCUAACCUCCCUGCAAAGAGAACUACCCGAAGAGUCAUUCAAUUUAAAGAUGACGAGAUAAAAACAAGAAGCCAAGCUACAAUGGCCAGUACACGUCUUUUAAGGAAAAGAUUCAAGGUGCCCUUCCCAGUGUCUCAGUCUGCACUUCAUAAAGCAAGUCGAGCACUAGUUGAUCGAUCCAAAGCUGCGUCCUCAAGCAAGCCAGGGCACAUGCCCAAGGCUAGAGCAUUAAGGACACAAGCUAGCACUGGAGCAGCAACAGCAGCCGCCGCUGCAGCUGCUGCCGCAGCUGUGGCUGAGCCUGAAGAAGAUGAAGAACUGGAAGAGGAAUUUGAAAAUCAAGAGGUUGCAACUGACUCACUACAUGUCAACAAACAAUCUGAGGAAGUUGAUAUGGUUUCUGAAGACAAUUCAUCUGCUAUUGACAGUCAACCAUCCAGCAGUGUUGCCGGAAUGAAGGCACCAAACAGUUUAGAAACAUCAGGUGACAGAAGAAAUGUGAGGACUACUACCAUCCUGGAAGCAAUGAAGCUUGCAAUGCUCGAUGGAAAUCCUGACAGUGAUGACUCCCUUGAGAGGAAGAUGAGCCGAAGAUCAGAAAAGUUGUCUAUGGAAAUGCAGGUUCAAGCUAUGGAGCGGGAAGAUGAAGAAAAUGCUUUGAGACUGGCCAAGGUACCUCCUUCUUCUAUGAAGGACAUCCAUCUACCUCCUGCUCCAUCUUUGGAGUUGACAACUGUUCAACUUUUGGCAAAAUCAAUGCCAGCUAACUUUUGUGCUGGAUGUCAAAGAACUUUCUGUAACAAUUCAAAUCGAGAUCGUCAUUUGAAAGUGUGUCCGUUCCUUCUGCAGAUUGCUGGUGAGGGUAUUCCCAAGUUAAGAAAAGAGCUUGAGUACAGAAAUCAUCCACUGAACUUAAAUGCUUUGCAUCAAAGCCCUGUUGAGUUUGCUCUUCGUUCUGCACCUUCCCCUGAUGAGAAAUCAAAGCAGCAAACUGCAGAAAGGGCAGAGAAAGACAACCUUGCUGACAAAAAGACAAAUAAGAAAAAUAAAGACAAGAAAAAGCAAAUAGUUGGAAUCAGGAAAAGAGUAGUUCCAAGUGAAAAUCCUGAAGGCGGUGUUAUUAUCAAAGAGUCUUUCUUGGUGCGAGUGGAUUCAUCUUCAAGUGAUGCUCUGGAUAAUGAUGCUAAAGAUGACUCAGAUGAUGGUUCAGAUACUGAAGUUCCAGUUAAUGUCCAACUGACCAACAAAAACCGAAAACCAAGAAAAAGUGAGCAUGUUGAGAAAAUUAUCAUCAAACCUCCAGAGUCACCAAAUGACACAGCAGACGUUUCCCCUAAUGUUGAUAAACAUAGAAGAAAGUCUGGAAAAAUUGCUGAUGAAGAGGAGAUCCGAAGGAAGUCAUCUAAAACUUCACCUAGUGCUACAAUUGAUGAGGAUGAUUUACCCCUAAAGAAAUUCACUCGUUCAAGGAAUUCUAGUCCCCAGAAGGUUCCUGUUACAAGGGUAGACCGUGGCUCAUCAGGUGGCGACAAAGAACAACCUUCUAAUGUGGAAACUGGCCCUAGAAAUUCACGUCAAUCAGCUAGGACAAAUGCUUCCAAGAAAACUGCAUCAGAUGUUUUGGAUGCUGAAGCAGAAUAUGACACCGAUGAAUUUGAAGAGCUGUUAGACAAAAUGGAACCUGAAGAAAUCAAAAAGCUAGAUCAGUUGUCACAAGCUCUAGAAGGUGAUGAUUCUGGUAGUUCCGAUGAUGAUCUACCAUUGGUUCCUAAACGGAAGGUGGACAAUGAAAAUUAUUCAUCAGAUGAUGAUUUACCUUUGAAACCAAAGUCAAAAUCAGACACAAGUACUGUUAACCUAGAAGUUGCAGAAAGUUCUGAUGAAGAGGGAGACGCAAGUUCAAAGAAAAGUUUGAAAAAGAAGUCAACUGUUACUCCCACCAAAAAGCUUCAAGAAACUACAACAGAAGUGACUGAUUCAUCACCUGAUCUCCAAACCAGAACUAAAGGAAAAACUAAAAAGUCUAAGUUAAAUGAAGGAGAGUCAUCUUCACCAGUAAAAGUCACGGUUAAAGUUUCAAAGGGUAAAAGUUCAAUUACACCUUCAGAUUUAGCUGAUGAUGAUGUUUCACCAACAAGAAGAAGAAGUCUUCGGUCGAAAGAACUUGAAGAGAACCAUGUAGAAACUGGAAGCAGUGAAUUGAAAAGUGGUAGAAGAAAGCCUAAGGAAUCUGCUGAGCAAGACUCUGAGCAAAUUAUCUCUGGGAAGAACUCGAAGAAACGUUCAAAAUUAGAAAGUACCGAGUCAAGUGAUCCCAAGGACAGCACGGAUAGCACAGCCCAGGGAUCUAAUAAAUCAAUAAAGAAACCAAGUAAACAGCUCCCUGACUUGGUAGGAAAUGACAGUCCUCUUAGAAACAGCACAGAUAUUCAAGAUGAAACUACGGAUGAAGCACAUAGGAGCUCUGAGGCACCCAAAUCAAAGAAAAAAGUAAAAACAGUCCCCGCUGCUCUUACAUCUAUGCCUGAACCUAAUCCUGAAACAGUUAGUGAGCUUGAUCCAAACCUAAUAGGUGAGUUGACACCAAGAUUAAGUAGAAAGCGUUUUAAGGAACUCUCUUCAACCCCAACUGCCACUGAUACAUCAAGGGGAAGUGUUGAGUCUGAAUCGUCUCCACCGCCAGCUAUUUUAAAAUCCACUAAGAAGAAAAGCAAAACAAGAACCUCAUCAGAAGAACCAGUUUUAGAAAACCAAACACCUGAUGCUGCUUCUAAGAACAAAGCCAAAUCAAAAACAGUGAAGAUUGCUACUAGCCCACCUCAGGAGUUAUCUUCUUCUUUGUCAUCAAAGUCUAAGAAGAAGGUCAAGGGAAAAUCAGAUAUUAAUGAAGAGACUGAAAGUUUGGAAGAAAACCCUAGUUAUGAAGAUAAGAAAGAUCCAGCAAAAUCCAAGAAAGUCACAGAAUCCUCUCCUGAAAUUGAUCCAAAACUAAAGUCUGCUAAAAGGAAAGGCAAGGGUGGAGUUGUUCAGGAUGAUUCGGAGGACUCUGCUGUAGGUCGAGGGAAACGUCCGAAAUUGGAUGAAAGUCUCGUUGACUCUGCAGAUAAUGACAGUGUAAUUACUGGAUCAGACUAUUCUGAAGUUUCUAAGAGCAGUAGACGCAGCAGAUUACGGGGCCAGGAGAACUCAAAUGACUGGUCAGAAACUGAAAGCAUAACAUCAGCUUCUGCUGAUUUAGAAAGUUCUACUGUGGGUUAUAGAUCCAAGUCAAGGCGAAGUAAGGAGGAUACUGUCAGCAAAGCAAGUAAGAGAAAGAUUAAGGAAAAAUCUGACAUUUCUCUUGAGGAUGGAGAUGACAAUGAGAGUGAGCAGAAAGAAAUGGACCUCUCUACAGAAGAUUCUCAACCUGUCUCAAAACGAAUGAGGAAAGUGAAUGAAGCUGAUGAGCCAAUGGAUGAUGAAAUGGCUAUCAUUAAGGAUGAUGACAACAAUCAUAAUGCUGUAAAAGAGGAUGCUAGUCAAGUUACAUCAGAAAACGCAAUUGUUCCAGCAACGAAUAUCAAUGCCGACCCUCCUGUUGCAUCAUCACCAACUCCAGCAGAAGCCCCAGAAAGUGCCUCAAAACAACAAACCUCAGAAAGCCCGGAAAAAGAUGAACUUCUUCCUGAUGAUGAUGAUAAAAAGACUACCAAGAAGAGAAAGAAGAGUUCUGUUGGAUCAAAUUUCUUCUGUCAAGUAUGUAGGAGGCAUUACUCUACUGCCUACAACUUCCACAAGCAUGUAGGAACUGCUUAUCAUCGUUCAAAUGUUGAAGCUCUUGCAAAAGAAGAGUUUGAAAAAUCAAAAGAAUCGGGGGAUAAGUCUGAAAAUGUUGACGUCCCAGAAAAGGUGACCGAAAAUGAAUCAGAGCCAAGUCCUAUCCAAAAACCACCUGCUGAUAAGGUGAUGGAUGCCUGCUGUCAGACAUCAGAAGAUGAUGUUGCUCAUUUAUCAUCAGAGACAGAAACAAACAAAGUAUCAUCUAAUAAACUUACAGAAGGGGAUAAAUCUUCUGAAAGCGAAGAAGGUUUAGAGAAAGACAACUCAGUUCUCAAAUCGCACAAUUCAGUUGAAACAGUGAAACUACCCGAGCCAGCAGAACUAGCUAAGCCAGUGGAACCAGCUGACCCAGCAAAGCCUGCUGAACCAGCAAAGCCAGCUGAACCAGCUAAGUCAGCUGAACCAACUAUUCCAGCUGAACCAACUAUCUCAGCUGAGUCACCUAAGCCAUCUGAACCAGCUAAACCUGAUGAACCAUCUGUUGCUAUCAGUUCAGCUCAACCAAUUCCACCACCUGUUCCAAUGGAAAUUGCUCCUGAGAGGGGAAGUUUAAAUGAAGGAAAUAAUGAAAAAAGCAAUCAAAUUUCGUCUGAAACUCAAACAGCUUCAGAGGGAGUUGAAGCUUUAUCUCAUUCUACUCCUCUAAACUAUCCGAGCACAAAAUUACCUGUCGAAUCUCAAGGGCAACAACAUUACAACCAGCCUCAUGAGUACAGUGAAGUUCGAUAUGGUCAUCAACAGUAUAAUCAGUCUCAGUAUCCGCAACAUUACAAUCAAAAUCAUUAUCAUCCUGAGCAGCACUAUAACCAGGAUCAACAAUAUAGACAGCCAGAGUCCAGUACCUCAUACAAUCAGCCGGACCAACCUCAAGUUCGCCAGUCUUAUGACCAGAACCAACAAACCGCUCAACAAACUAGUCAAUCCUUUGAUCAGAGCCAGCAACAGCCGUCAAGUCUUCACUUUAACCAGCAGCAGCAGCAACAGUCUCAAUCAAAUCAACUUUAUGAAAUUCAACAGAACCACCAACAGCAACCUCAGCCUCCUCAAGUACAGCAACAUCCGCAACAACAUUCUCAACAAUCAUACAAUUCUUACAAUAACUCUGGCAACUGGCAGUCAUCAGAUUCAGCGUGGGGUGGCCCUUGGAGGGUUCCAGAUAUUGUUCCAACAUACUCAUCAGAUGAUGCUGGAGGAAGCAUUGGCUUAGGUCUUGGUUCUAUUCUUGAUUCAGUCAAUCAAGUUUUAAGUGGUGAUGGUGGUAUGUCAGAUCCCUUACCAAUGUAUGCUGAUUAUACAUCACUGAAUGAAUUGCAACAAGCCAUUGGAGCCAAUGAUGAAGAAAUGGCUGUCCUCAGGCAACUUGGUGAAGGUAAUUUGCGUGAAUUGAUUGGGCAUCCCCCAGUGGCUCCAGUAGAAGAAGCAGAUUUGUUGGAUUUGGAUAAUCAGAAGAAAGCCACAGAACGCUCUUCCUCUGGACCAUCAACAAGUUCUGAGUCAUCUUCUCAGACAUGUCGUGUCAGUCCCUUUAUAUCAUCUACUCGAUCAUCAGGCUCAAAGAGUGGUCAGUCAUCAACUUCAGGGGCUGGCCUGGCGUCAACUUCAGCUACAGCUCCACCUCGUAGCAAAGGUUCUUUAUCCACUGGGCCAACUCUCAAUGAACUGUAUGAGGACAAACAAAUGUGGUGUCCUUUCUGUCAUCGUCGUUUCUUGGGCCUUGCCGCUAUGAAAGCUCAUAUGGAGAGUUUCCAUGCCCAGGCUGGUGAUGGCCGAAAGUUUGAACGCCGUUCUUUGGCAUUAUCAACUGAAGGAAGCAGUGAACCUCGCCUGUGCUGUAGUGUGUGUAAAGAAAUGUUAGCUGAUGAAAAAGCUUUGGAAAGGCACAAUGAAGAAAUGCAUACACCAGGUCGAGAACCUCAACCCCAAAAUAAACGUGAGGGCCUACGCACUCAGAUGUCUUCAGCUCUUGGUGGCCUGCUUGAUCGCGCCCUGAAAAGCUAUCUGAGCAAGUCUUGCGGACCAAAUGCUUCAAACUCUGUUGAAACAGACAAGAGCCGCUUGACUUUGGGUAUAUUGAGCAAACUAGCAUUGCGCCAUCAAUCAGGAAACCUCUCUCUACCAAGCGGUAGUGGCGUUAGUAUUGGAACUAUUGGUGGAGGGAGUGGAUCCACUACAGACAUGCUAGUUGGCCAGCUUGUUGCUGCUAAACUUGGAAUGAGACGUAGCAGUGGCAGCAUGCGCCGAAGACCGAGCGGGGCAAGUAGCCCUGGCACUGACGGGAGCUUUGGCUGCCCAGUUUGUCAUGACAGGUUCCAGUUUGAAGGUGCUAUGAAGAGGCAUUUAAAUCAUGCCCACAAACGUUCAUCUGAUCUUCAAGAGGACAGUUUGUCAGCCCCCGAGUCCCGGCCAGACAGCCCCAUGGAGAUGUGUAUGGAGCCAGCAGUGGGAUUGGAUGGGGCCUUCUUGUGUUCAGUCUGCGGCAUCACUUUCAAGACACCUAGUGAAGUUAUGGAACAUCAACGCUUGGAACAUCAACUCAACAGGCGGACAUCUCGGGAAGAUGAAGCUGAAUUAGACGCUGAUGAACUUGAUGCAGAAACAGCUGAGAAGGCAGAGAAGUGGAUUGAAAACCAUACCAAACUGCAAAGCUCACCAAAGGGGCGUCACCCAUUAGGCAAGGAUGUGAAGAACAGGAAAGUCGCCAUUGCAGUGGAAUCAGCCCUUUUAGAAAAAACUGAAGAAAUGAGAAUCAAGGCAGAGGCUGCCCUCAGAGAACUAAAUCAAACACGCAAACCACCCAAGGGUAGUUCCAAAGAAGCCAAGUGGGGUGUGGAUGCAGUUAAGUUCACUGUUACCAAGGAGCCGCCUCUUGUUGGAGUUUUUGGUCCAACCUUGGAAAAUGAAACCAGACAAAUAAGCAUCCCUGUUGUUCGUAAACAACCAAACAAUACCACACGCUUCUCUUUCAUGGCUGAACGGAAGAAAGCUGGUGGCUCUAAAGGGGGAGAUGAUGGUAAAUCAGAGAAAGAAAAGAUCGAUGUUUACGAGUUUGACGAUGCGAACAGAGGGGCUUCCUCCAAGCAGCAGCAUACUACAGACCCUACUGCCACCAGUGGGGAUACGAUCGAACCUCCAAAGAAGAAGAAACGUGCUCCGAAAAAAGAGACUCAGGCCAAAAAAGCUGCAGCAGAGAAGUCCAACAACACUACUGACAAUGCCUCUGAAACUGGCGGAGACAACCCUAAACCGAAACCAAAACCGAAGCCAAGACAGCGACCGAGCAAAAAGGCGAAGGAACUUGCAGCAAAACAAGCUGCCGAGAUAUCUGCAGCCUCCACCCAGACGACAUCAGUGUCAUCUAUAACAUCAUCUAUCCAACCGUUAGAUAAGAAUCAGACCCCACAGGCCCAGACCCUGUCGCAGUCAAUAUUACCCCAGCAGCAACAUCAUUUACAGCAGCCUGCUGAGGCCUCAGCUCCUGCCCAGGCCCCUGUCCCGGUCCAGGCCCUGGCCCCAGCCCCGGUCCCAGUGCCCCAGCCUCGAGACCCCCAACCCCUGACGUCGGUAGAGGGGCCCCCGGCUCCCCAUGAUGCAAAGGAGCAGUCAGAGGUAGGCAAUUCUUGUCGUUCUCCCCGAGCGAAAGCGUCUCUUAAACCUGGUUUCAGUGUCCUUGUCCGGGAGGAGCAGCCUCUGCCUCUUCCGACGAGAGCGCCCCGGCGCGCCAGCAUGCAUGACGUCACUGACUAUAGUGUGUUUGAUUUUAGCAGUGACGAGAGCACCACGGACGAAGAGCUGCUCAUCCACCCCGACGCCCCCUCGGCCCGCUCACGACCUCGUGCCCCUGUGCGCCCUCGUGCCUCUGGCCCCGCCCCUGCCGCCCCUGCCCCUCGCAGUCUCGGCCCCAAGGCGACCCGGGUGAGGCAGCUGGUGGAAGAGGACUGGACCUGGCUGGAGGAGGACAGCGACGAGUUCGAGCGCGAGAUGAGACAGCAGCGCAGCGCGCGGAGGAAGCGCGCCAAGCGGGCCAAGUCUGAGUCAUUGGCCCAGGUCCAGGCCAAGCAGCUACUCAGAUACCAAAACUAGGAAAGUAUUUCUCUUAAUCUCGAAUGUGUAAUGGGGAGAUAUGUUAAAACUGAAUAUUUUUUAGUCUAGUUAGCCACCAACUCAACUGGUAGAGGUGGGCAAGCAAUGUGGCAGUGUGUUGUGUCCAGUAUGUAGUCAAUGCACUAGCAUCUAUCUGUGAUGAAUGGGAAAUAGCCUUACAGCUAUUUUGUUUUAUGUGUAGUGACCGGAAGACUGAUGUAACUGAGUAGUAUGAGAAAAUCUGAGAGAACAAUUCCCUUAGCCAUAAGAUUUUCUUCUUUCUCUAUACAUAAUGUUAAGGUUAAAUGAUAAUAUUCAAUUGUAGAGCAUUGUGCCAGUUUUGUUUUUAAAAUAUAAACUUGGUUCUAUUUUUUUUCUUCUCUCAGAUGAACAUGCACUUAAAAUAUCUCUGAUUAGGAGUGUGCGUGCGUGUAUGUGUGUGUGUGUGUAGUAACCAAAUGAUCUGGUCUUAUUUUGUCAGGUAAACAUUUUGUACAGAUACUGUUGACAGGGGUGAAAAUUGUACUUUUUUCUUCUUCCAUUGCUAGAAGUGGGAAAGCUGUAUAAAUAAAUUAUAGUUUAGUUUUGAGUAUUUCUUUAUAAGUAUACAACUUUGUGAUCUCGUGACAGAGAGCUCAACUCAAAUGUUGAGCAGCAGCCAUUAUUUUGUGGAAAAGUGAACUUUCUUUGAAAACACUUUUAAUUACUGCCAAGUAUUUUAGUUUUAUGAGAAUUGUGUUCAAGUGACUAGCUCGAUUUUCCUAAUGGUGCUCAUUUCCAGGAUUUAUUUCUCUAUUGAUACCUCUACUGUUAGUGAUUGUAUUUUAACUGUGCCUACUUGUACAUAUUCCACGACAAUAUAUUAUAUAAUUACUGCCAGAGAGUGCCUUUCCUCCCAUGUAGAAACAAGAACAAAACUAUUUUCAUUUUUUGUUUAUCUGUGCUUGAGUGUGUGUAUAUUUUCAAAGAGGGGCAAAUAAACUUUAUUGGUUACUUAGAACAUAUCUUAAAAACGCUUCUGUGAUGCAAUGGCACUGUCUUUUGGUGGACCGAUAUGUAUAUGUAAGCUGUCACUGCCAAAUAGGGAGCUAAGUCCAUCGUAGGUACUAAUGCUGUGCUUCAUUGUGUCAUUUUUGUUUCAUUUCCAAUUGUUUUAUUAAUUUCAGUAUUACUUGUACGUACUUUGGCUUCUUUUCUUUUUCUUAUGGACUUAUUUGUUGGUUUGGGUUUGUAUCAUGUGUACAGUAAUUUAAUUGUUAUGCAUGAGCUAUAAUUUUUUAGUCACUAUGCAUGUUGCACAUACUUUUUGUGUUUGCUUGAAAGUUGAGCUUUCCUUUUCUUUAAUCACAGGUUCCACCAAAGAAAUCAUUAAUUUCCCCCCCUCUCCUUGUAUAUUGCACACAGAUUUAGAAUAAUGAAUGGUAUCAUAGUCAGCCUGAAUCAUAAGUCAUACAUUUUCUUCUAACUGAACUUGGAGUGACAUUAACAAUGUACAUAAUAUCAAAGACUGUUUUCUAUGAGUCCUCCUUGUACUUCUUGUGAAAAGUGUUAUAUAGAUUAAAUAGAGAUGUAGUGAAAUAAGGGUUUAUAUAAAUGUACUAAAGAGGUAAAUACUAUUUCAGAUAAAUGUUAAAUUUGAAUUAUGUAAAUUAUUAGUGUUUGUGUAUUUUUCAUAUUGACCAGAUAAUAAAUUGUAAUCUUAAUAAGAAUA